CGCACCUACACCCAGAUCUGCCGCCUGCGGGAGGCGGCCACAGCGCGGCCUGACGCCAACCUCACCGUGGUGCACCCGGGGCCCUGCGAGUCGGAGCCUCGAUUCCUGUCGCAGCCCCAGGACGUUUGGGAUGUGACAGGGCAGGAUGUGAUCUUUGGCUGUGAGGUGUUUGCGUAUCCCAUGGCCUCCAUCGAGUGGAGGAAGGAUGGCUUGGACAUCCAGCUGCCAGGGGAUGACCCCCACAUCUCUGUGCAGUUUAGGGGUGGGCCCCAGAGGUUUGAGGUGACCAGCUGGCUGCAGAUCCAGGCUGUGCGACCAAGUGAUGAGGGUGCCUACUGCUGCAUUGCCCGAAAUGCCCUAGGUCAGGUCAAGGCCCACGCCACCCUGACCCUGCUCACACCAGAGCAGCUGAACUCCACAGGCAUAGCUCAGCAGUGGCCGCGGAACCUGGCGCCCGAAGAGGAGGAGGCUGGAAGUGAGGAGGGUGAGGAUUACUACUAGGUCCACAGUUCUGGUCCUCGGCAGGGAAGACCGGCGUAGUGUUGGUCCCUGCCCUGCUCAUGAGAAGACCUGGCAAAGACGUGGAAGGAGGAGCACGGAUGGUUCUGAAGCUCCUAGUAGGUUGCGGUGGUAGGGAGAGACUCCAGACAGGGGUGAUAGGGAGGCCCCGAGGAGGGGCGUGGGAUUCACAGGAGCCUAUGCAGAGAUGCUCGGGCUCGCAAACUCUCCAACACGGUGGCUGGCGGGAAGCAGCGGCCUGCUGGUCCUGGGGCAAACUGGCUGCCGAGUCCACAGAGAGCUGAGGACUCCAGGAUGCCCCCUUCUCUUCAGCAGCCCUUCCCCCAGCCCAGCUCAGCCCGUCUUCUAACUGCCAGGCCCUGUUGCUGCUGUCACUUUUGGGGUAUCCAGCCUUGGCCAAGCCUCAGUGUACCCCUCCUUGCAACUCAUCUUCCAGUUUUUCUCUCACCUCAGUCCUGCUUGCUCUUAGUAACUGCGGUCCUUUGUGCUCUUCGUGGGCUCUGUGAGAGAGCACAGCAGAGUAGUUUGGCUCUGUGCAGUGCCUGCUCCCACCCUGCACACUGUGUAGAGGACCUGACUCAAGACAGGCCUCGUAGGCGCCAAUAAAGAUUAAUGAGCCGAGCACACCGCUGCGCACAGCUCCUGCAGGAGCCCGGCCUCCGUGUGGGACUCCUGCACUCUGCCCAGGAAGGUGUCCUCCCAGCCUGCCCCCUCCUGGGGCUGGUAGGGUGGAUUCCUAGGCCCUGUCUCCUCUCCAGGCUGAGUGGGAAGCCAG